GCCGCCCAGAGCCGUGGGGUCUCUUUUAAGGAGUCGACCUGGGGAGCACAGGCAUGGAUCCCUACCGAAGCUCACUCUUCAAUUGCACCUCAAGCAAAGCAGCUCUUUCUCUCCACAACCUCCCAUCAUUCAUUGCAAAUUGCACAUCUCCCUUUCGGGCCGUCGCUAUAUGUCGAUCUAUCCUUUGGUUCUGAUAUCCGCACUCGUCUUCGGAAAAGACCUCGAGUCGCCGGCCAAUACUUAGCUUUCGACCAACACGGCUGUUGGGCUACCAUACGUCAUCGGCGCUACGCUAAGCUCACACAGCUGGUGGGCUUGAGCUUCGAUUACUCAAACACAGACGACCACCCUUCCUCGUCCUCUUCUUUGCCUGAUCCCUUCCCUUUCUCACGUAUAGGAUCUCGCUUUCAUAUUGCCCCACACCUCCCUGGUACAUCAACCUGCUCGACGUUCAAUCAUUGCAGACUACAAAGCAUGUCAAGGCCUGUGACGCCCUCGCAUGAGUUUGGCUCUGUGCCUGCUCCCAAUGCAUCGCAAUUUGGCCGUGGCUACGGCGGUGCUGGGGAAUACAGCACUGGCACAGCUGAUUUUGCUCCUACUGGACAUGUCCCCGAUUCCUCGCCGCUCGCACAGUCUUAUCAGCACGGUGGUAUGGCAAAGUUCAAUGAAGAAUUCGACGCCAGCCAGCGUGGCUCCUCGUUGAUCGACGGUAACGGUCUACACCGCUCCGCAUCCACUGCUUCAACAACGCUACACAGCACCGGUACACCAUCCAGAAGCGGAACGCUGAAGAAGAGGGGCUCAGUCAAACGCAAUGCAAGCCUGAAAAGGAGUGGCAGCAGGAAGAGUCUGCGCGCUGGGAGUAUCAAGGGUGUCCCUUCCGGCGACGGUGCCGGGGAGGACACUCAUAACAGCGUCUUUCACACUCCCAUACCAACUUCGGGAACGCCGACAGACAUUCUCGCAAAUCGUUUUCAAGCUUGGCGAAAACUCCUAAAGGACCUCAUUACAUACUUUCGAGAAGUCCAGACUUCUUACGAACAGCGCGCAAAAUCUCUCCUCAAAGUCUCCAAUGUUGUAAACAAUAUCGACAAUCCUUCAUUCCUCCUAACUGAAGGCGGUCUCAACGACGCAAACAGGAUCCUUCGGGACUUUCAUAAGCAGUCCAUCACGGAAGCCAACAAAGCCAAAGAGAUCGAAAUAGAAGUCAUUGGCCAGUUGAGUGGUCUACGUGCUGAUCUUGGCUCCAAGAUCAAGGAGAUCAAGUCUCUUUCUGGCGACUUCAAGAACUCUGUGGAGAAAGAGAAAGACGCUUCUCGUAAAGCAGUGUCUGCUCUUGAGGAAGCUCUCUCUCUGGUUGAUGAGAAUCCUGAUGCCGUAGCUGGCAAAGGAGAUCCCUACGUCAUUCGUCUGAGUGUUGAUCGCCAAAUUGAACGCCAGAUCGACGAAGAGAACUACUUGCACCGGGCUUACCUCAAUCUAGAGGGUUCUGGCAGAGAGCUGGAAUCGAUUGUCGUAGGAGAGAUCCAGAAGGCUUACAAUGCCUUGGCAAGCAUCCUGAAGCGCGAUGCUGACGAGGCUUACAAUGUAGUUGAGCGUCUUCGAAACGGCCCGAUCGCUAUGGACAAAGCUUUUGAAUGGGUACACUUUGUGGAGAAAGACCCUCACUUCGUCAACCCAAGACUACCUUUACGACGACUCGAGGACAUCGAAUACCCAGGCAAGAACCAUCCUGCUGCGGCAGAGGUCAGAGCAGGCAUGUUGGAGCGUAAGAGCAAGUACUUAAAAAGCUACACCCCUGGAUGGUAUGUACUCUCUCCGACUCAUCUACAUGAGUUCAAGUCGGCGGACCGCAUCUAUACGCAGCCCCCUGUGAUGUCUCUGUAUCUCCCGGAUCAGAAGCUUGGCCCACACUCUCAACCUGGAUCGUCUUCCCAUAAAUUCAUGCUCAAGGGUCGUCAAACUGGUUCCAUGCAUCGCGGACACUCCUGGGUGUUCCGAGCAGAGACUUAUGAUACCAUGUUGGCCUGGUUCGACGACAUCAAAGCACUGACCGAAAAGAGUGGCGCAGAACGAAACGAAUACGUACGCUGCCAUGCCCGGAGCGUGAGUGGUGGUAGCGCUCGAUCAAUUGCAAGCGGGAGCGAGUUGGAGGAAGACGAAGCGGACGAAGUUCCAUACUCGGCACAGGCAUCAAUGGCGAGCCAACAAAUGCAUGCGCCGCAGCCGCAAUCAAAGCGGCCUUCACCAGGUGGGCGUUUUCCAAGUGAUCUCCAGGUCAACCGUCACUUACAAGCUCCACUUUCGCCUUCUAGUGGAAGCUCCGAUAUCGAACAAGAUCUGACGGCCGCUGCGGGUGGAUUGCAAGCCUCUGGACAUGCCUAUCCCCAGGAGCAACAACACUCCGAAGGUGGUCGUCCUGAGAUAGUACACGAAACUCCGGCCGCCGCCGUUCCUCCACACAAUGCUCAAUCGUUCACUUUCCCUCCCCCCGAACCUGCUCCUGCCGUCGCCCGAGAAGCAGCCUCCGGUCUCCAGCCGAUGCAAGCUCCCCCAAAUGCCCAGCCUGUUCCUAUUGCAAGGUCAAUGGAUCUGUCACAACCUCCUGAUGCACCUAGGGUCAAUAGCUUGUACGGAGACUGGAUGGCCCCAGCAGCUGGAGGCGCUGCCGCUGGAGUCCUUGGCAGCGAAGUGAUCCGCCAUCACAAUCAUCAGAAUGAACAGAUUCCCGACGCUCUCGAAACACACCCUAUCAAACCCACCGCCCCUACCCACACCGUCCAGCCCAUUGUUCCUAUUCCAGUUCCUUCAGCUUCUGCAUCGAGCGGCCCUUUGGUCGAUUCUGUUCUUACUUCGCCUACCAGUCUUCUUAGCGACUCGACUGGUCCUGUCGCGACCGCUGAUGCUGUGGGUGAUGUUUCUACCCCGACCACUAGCCCUACAACUCACCCUGGCAUGACGAGACAUGGUACUGACUUUAGUGUCAGUGAUCUACACGUGCCAGGCGAGUACCCCAAGCGUACCAGCGUGGUUCCAUGAGUAAGAUGUCUAUCCCAUCGCUUUGUGUCUUGCAAUUACCCUUGAGUUUACUUUGCUCGUGUUUCCUUGUUCGUUUCGGAGGAUAUACCAGACUCUUCGUGCCCGUCUUAUUGGACGCCUCACUUUUCAGUCUUGCUGUUUGGCGGUCGCGCAAUUAUGUGGGCGCAAGUGGGACAUCUCUUUCGGUCUUCUAUGUUUUGCUUUUUGCUCCGUCUCUUAUGUAUCGUAUGCAUCAGCUGCCCCCUAAUACUAUAUCCGUCUGUAUAACAGGUAUGCCAUGCGUGUUGUGUGCCG